UCCCCUCAAAUUCAGCAAUAUUACACUGAGAGAGAGAGAGAGAGACUGAGAGAGUACAAAUUCUAGUGUUCAUAACCCAACAAGAAGUAACUGCAGGCUAGGGCCUCCUUCACAUGUCCUUGUCUCUCUCACUAUCUAGCUCUCGCCCGUAGCUAAAGUCCAUUUGUUCCACCUAUAUAUCCAAAGUGCUAUAGAAAGCUAACUAGCUAGCUAAGCUUUGGCAUAAUAGGCCGUACGUCUUAGACAGACAUAUGGCAGAAGAUAGGAGACUGCAGAGUAAUAAUCUCAAGGUUGAGAGCCUGGAGAGCGGCAUGAAUGAUCAUCGUCAUCAUCAUGAGUUAAUGGGCGAUGAAGAGGUAGUCGUCACUGUGGAUUGGAGAGGCAGACCUUCUAAUCCUGCCAAACAUGGUGGAAUGAAAGCUGCUGCGUUUGUUCUUGGGCUUCAAUCAUUUGAGAUAAUGGCAAUAGCGGCAGUUGGGAACAACCUGAUAACAUAUGUGAUAAAUGAGAUGCACUUCUCAUUAUCCAAGUCUGCCAACAUAGUGACAAACUUCAUUGGAACCGUCUUUCUCUUGGCCCUUGUUGGUGGCUACCUCUCUGAUUCUUAUCUUGGGAGUUUCUGGACCAUGCUUAUCUUUGGCUUUGUUGAACUUUCGGGUUUCAUAUUAUUGUCAGUCCAAGCUCAUCUUCCGCAGCUAAAGCCACCACCAUGCAACAGCAACACAGCUGUUGGAGAAGACUACUGUGAAGAAGCAAAAGGGUUCAAGGCAUUGAUCUUUUUCGUAGCUCUCUACUUGGUGGCAUUAGGGAGUGGGUGUGUCAAACCCAACAUGAUUGCUCAUGGAGCUGACCAGUUCAACCCUGCAGAUAACCCAAAACAAUCCACGAAACUCUCCACCUACUUCAAUGCUGCUUAUUUUGCCUUCUCCGUGGGAGAACUCAUCGCCCUCACGCUUCUUGUUUGGGUCCAAACUCACUCCGGAAUGGAUGUUGGCUUCGGAGUCUCUGCGGCUGCCAUGGCUCUGGGACUCAUCUGCUUGGUCUCCGGUACCCUCUAUUACAGAAACAGGCCACCUCAACGAAGCAUUUUCACCCCCAUUGCUCAAGUUUUUGUGGCUGCAAUACUAAAGAGAAAGCAAGUUUGUCCAUCCAAUCCUCACUUGCUCCAUGGAAGCCAAAACAAUGUGCCAAAUGACAACUCCGCUUUCUCUUCUGACGUUGGCCCUUUUCUUCACUCUGAAAAAUUUAGGUUCUUGGACAAGGCGUGCAUUAAGAUUGAAGAUGGCACAAACACAAAGGAAAGUCCAUGGAGAUUGUGCACAGUUACACAAGUGAAGCAAGUGAAAAUACUUCUCUCAGUGAUUCCAAUCUUUGCUUCCACAAUAGUUUUCAACACCAUUUUGGCUCAGCUCCAAACUUUCUCAGUCCAACAAGGAAGUGCUAUGGACACCCAACUCACCAAAUCUUUCCAUAUCCCUCCAGCCUCACUUCAGUCGAUUCCUUACAUCAUCCUCAUCUUGCUAGUCCCUGUAUACGACGCUUUCUUUGUCCCUUUCGCAAGACAGCUUACCGGACACGAAUCAGGAAUCUCCCCAUUACAAAGAAUAGGGGCCGGCCUGUUCUUUGCCACGUUUUCCAUGAUCUCAGCCGCUGUCAUGGAGCAGAAGAGAAGGGAAGCGGCCGUGACGUCCAACAAGACAUUGUCAAUUUUCUGGAUCACGCCGCAGUUCUUGAUCUUCGGGUUAUCGGAGAUGUUGACAGCAGUCGGCCUCAUUGAGUUCUUCUACAAGCAAUCCUUGAAAGGCCGGAUGCAAGCAUUUUUAACAGCAGUGACAUACUGCUCGUAUUCAUUCGGGUUUUAUCUAAGUUCACUGUUGGUCUCUCUGGUGAAUCAGAUCACCUCUUCAUCUUCAUCAUCGGGUACUCAUGGUGGUUGGCUUAGUGAUAAUGAUCUGAACAAGGACAGAUUGGAUCUUUUCUACUGGCUGUUGGCAGGGCUUAGCUUCCUCAACUUCCUCAACUAUCUGUUUUGGUCUAAGUGGUACUGUCACAAUCCAUCUUCAUCAUCAUCAGGGGCACAACAACAAGACCAUUAUAGAUAUAGCACUACUACUGCUACUGCUACUUCUGCGGAUCAUGAUCAUAAUCUACCAUAAACUGAACAAUCAAUAUGGAGUUGUUAAGAAUAUAAAUGUGAAAUAGGGGAUUUAAGGGCUCUAUAUUGAGGCUCUCUGAUGUACUCCAUCUCUGUAAUAUGUAUAGAACACACUAGGAACAGUUCCCGCGCUAUGCCGCGGGGAUUUGUUAUUAUUUACAGUUUUAAUAGUAGAAAUCGUAAUGUUUCUAGAAUUUAACAAAAUGAUGUUAGAACUUAAAUAAGUAGUUUUGUCAUCUA